AUGAACAACAUGUAUACAUCUACAACAAUGUAUACAUACCAAGUAAAAUCGAGCAUAGUUAAACAAUCUCAAGAAUAUCCCGAAUCAAAACACUUACAGACAAUUAAAAUUUCAUACAUACCUGUCCAUUCACGAUAUGAAAACGCUAGUGUAAAAUUAAAGUGGAAAAAUGAACGAUCAAAAUUAUUUGAAGUGUUAGAUUCUAAAAUUUUGAAAAUAAGUGAAGAUAAAGAUCUGCCGGACAAUAUUUCUGUUGGUGAAAAUACUGGUCGAAAUCCUGGAUGUAACAACAAAAGCGUUUUUAGGAACUGUUUUAGCGCAACGGACCAUUUUUCAAUAUGUAAUAGAUACUUAUAUAGAAUUUUACAAAAUUCAGUAAUGUACUUAAUCAGUUAUUAAAUUAAAUUAAUUUGUAUUCAUUCUAGUAUGUAUUGGUAUUGAUUUAUUAUUAAUAAAUAAAAUUUUUUUUCAAUUGAAUUAAACUCGAACUUUUCAUUUUAUAAAUGUAAAUCUAAUUUAAAUAAAAUAAAACUAUGUAUAUACAAUAU